AUGUCACCUGCUGUUGUAUGGAGCACAACUUUGCCACUGUUUAGUAGGCAAGCUAAGAAAUUCAAAAUUUCGAGAUUGAUCGACACGUGGUACAUGCUUUGUUAUCUUCUUACAACUGGGAAAGAGUAUGGUGCGCGAGCAGGUUUAUCUGAAGCCAAUCUGAAAGAUUUAGUCAGAACUUCGGCAAAAUACGUACUUAACAAUGGAGGCGCUGUGAGGGGAUUUUCCAGUUGGGGGACGCUUGCUCUUCCUACACGAACGCGUAGACAUCAAGAAUACCAUACUGAGGGAUAUUACUGGUUGAUGCAUUUUGACACUAAUCCAAUAAUUGUUCAAGCAUUACAAAAGAAGUUUAAAACUGAUCCACGUGUAAUAAGAGGCAAUAUUAUUAAGCUGGGAGAGAAAUUGGAAGACAUUGUAGAGCGGCCAGAUAAGACACGAUAA